AUGCAAGCCUGUGUUUAUCCUGUCGAAGCUUCUCGGCGGCUAGCCCCUAGGCAGCAAAGGACUCGUUCGGCGAGCAUCGCCAUCGACGACCCCGAGACUUGUCGACAAACACAAACCUUCGAGUCAAGCGACAUGCAGAACUCGGAGCUCGUCAGUCGAAUUGGGACACUGGAGGCAAAGAUCGAGUCCAUGGGGUCAAGCCUGCAACGUAUUGAAAGAUGUCUCGUUGCGCUGGUAGAUGGCAGUAAUACUAACUUGGGUGCUGCAGCGGCAGGGCUGCCAGCUUCUUCCGGGGGGCCAAGGAGCGUCAGCAGGACAGUGGGCACUACGUUCCAGCCUUCACCGCAAAAUGACCCUGCUAUAGAGGACUUUGGGACGCCGGAGGAUGCCCUCAUGGCAGUUGUUGAUUCAUAUUUUACUUACUGUCAGAAUCAGCCUUACUCGUUCUUUCACGAAGAUACCUUCCGGCAGGGCUUGGCUCAGAACGCCAUCCCUAAACACUUAGUCCUAGCCGUCAUGGCGACUGCGGUUCGGUUCUGUUCGCAUUCGUACUAUUCGGAUCGCGCGUUGGAGAUGUCUGUCGAAUAUGCCAACAGGUCUUGGAAACUCAUUGUGUCGGACUGUUUUACCGUGGGUAAGGUGGCAGAGGUGUCCACGGUCCAGACAGUUGCUUUGUUGGGCUUGUUUGACUUUACUGCUGGUCGAUUACGCCAUGGCUCGGCUUGGGUCAAAGUCGGCCUGGCCGUCAGGAUCGCGCAGGAUUGUGGGCUCAUGCUAGAGAACGCAGCGCAUCUCUCGUAUGCCCAGCAGGAAGAGCGACGACGGGUGUUUUGGUCCGUGUAUCUGUUGGAUCGCUUGGUAUCGUGCGGCCGAGGUAGACCACCAGCCAUUGUUGAUGCGUCGUGCCAUUUACAGAUGCCGUGUGAUGAGUCAAUCUGGAGGGAGGGUCUCGGGGCUAAGACACAAUCGUUGGACGAGAUGACAAACCGAACCCUCUCAGUAUCACAACGCCAAUGUCCUUUGGCUCAGGUCAUUGCUAUUGCGCAGAUCCUUGGCCGAUGCGCACAAUACGUACUUCAAGACUUCAACAUCAGAGGCCCACAUCCGCCUUGGGAUCCUGGCUCGGAUUUCGCAGGCAUUGAAUCCGACCUUCUCCAUUUUGAAGCUUAUCUGGAGAUACAGAGGCCAAUCGACGAAAUACUCGCACCUUAUAUCUUGGCUGAAGGCGUGGUAGACAGCCAGUCCUCAGGCCCGAUUAUCUUCUCUCGAGCAUUAUUCCACCUCUGCUAUUGUCUCCUCAACCAUCCCUUCUUACUGCGGCGCCGCAUCAACACAUGUCGAAACCUUGCUCCCAUCAGCUUCAUCAAGCGAUCAUCGGACAUGGCCUGGCUUCACGCACAGCAGAUGAUGGCUCUUAUCCGCGAGUCACGUAAGUUGGGCUGCUCGUUCCACGCUUCAUCCAGCGGGUAUGCCGUCACAGUCGCGGGAUCCAUUAUCGCGCUCCGUACUUAUGAUGAGGACUCGCCCACUUGUCAAGAAGCUCAGAUACUACUGGAGGAGGCCUUGGGCUAUCUGGAUAUCAUUGGUCAUCACUGGAGUAAUGUCAGAACAAUGGCCUCGACACUUCGCCAGAUAAUCUACGAUGGGUUUUCAGGGCGUCACUUGAACAGCCUCACCGAAGGCUUGGGCUUCACGCCUGAGAUGGAAGAAGCCAUGUGGGCCUUGGUCGACUAUAAUACUAUGUCAAACCAGCUUAGCCAGGAUGCCCAUAUCAGUGGUCAGGAAUCAGAUGGUCUAAUGCCAAAUUCGUGGAUCGAUUUGUUUGGUCCGAUUGACUAUGCUUUGCUCUCUGGUUUUAAUGGACCAACUCAAGAUGAAUAA